AUCGCCACUGACCUGGUGGUGGUGGUGGGCUGGGCCAUUUUCUUCGCCAAGAACAGCCGGGGCCGUCGGGGCGGCAUGGCGAGCGGCGCGCACAACCACCACCAGCACCACCACCACGCCGCGCCGCCCCUGCACCUGCCCGCCUCCUCCGCAGCCUCCGCCGGGGCUGCGGCAGGGGCCAAGGCGCGCAGCGGCCGCGGGGGCGCCGGUGGCCCGGGGGGCGGCCCGGGGGCUGUCGGGUCAGCGGGCGAGUUCGCCUUUGCCUACCUGGCCUGGCUCAUCUACUCCAUCGCCUUCACGCCCAAGGUGGUGCUCAUCCUGGGCACGUCCAUCCUGGACCUCAUAGAGCUGCGCGCGCCCUUCGGCACCACGGGCUUCCGCAUCACCAUGGCGCUGUCCGUGCCCUUGCUCUACAGCCUGGUGCGGGCCAUCAGCGAGGCUGGCGCCCCCCCUGGCUCGGCGGGACCCCUACUCUUGCAGCCCCAGCAGCACCGAGCCGCCGGCUGCUUCCUGGGCACGUGUCUGGACCUGCUCGACAGCUUCACCUUGGUGGAGCUGAUGCUGGAAGGCCGCGUGCCGCUACCCGCGCACCUGCGCUACCUGCUCAUCGCCGUCUACUUCCUCACCCUCUCCUCGCCGGUGCUCUGGCUUUACGAGCUCAACGCCGCAGCGGCAGCUUCGUCCUGGGGCCAGGCUUCAGGGCCGGGCAGCUGUAGCCGCCUUCUGCGACUGCUGGGUGGCUGCCUGGUGGACGUGCCCUUGUUGGCGCUGCGCUGCCUCCUGGUGGUGAGCUACCAGCAGCCCCUCUCCAUCUUCAUGCUCAAGAACCUCUUCUUCCUAGGCUGCCGCGGCCUGGAAGCCCUAGAGGGCUGUUGGGACCGGGGGAGUCGGGCCUCCCCCAGUCGGGGGAGAGGGGGCUAUGGCGCUCCGCCCUCUGCCCCACCGCCGCCACCGCCACCACCACCACCACCUCAGGGAGUCUCUCAGCUGGGCCACUGCAUCUCGGAGAAUGAGGGAGGAGCCCAUGGCUAUGUCAAUACCCUGGCAGUGGCCUCCCAGAAUUGA